UAAGGGACUCAUCGUUUCGCAUUUACUUUGUUUAUACGACCUGGUGGGAGAAGUGGUAAGGACAGAUACCAUGCGUCAAUUCCAAACGAGAAUGAAGUAAAUGAUUACUUGGUGAGCGCCUACUCGAAGCGAUACAAUGGAAAUUCUUUCGGUCCUAUUUGUUUUUCUAUCCCUGAUAAUUGCAUACAAGAUCAUCAAAAAAAUAAACAAAUACUAUUCCUGGAGAUGCAGAGCCAACAAAAUACCGGGACCACGCGCUCGUUUUCCAAUAAUCGGUGUGUCAUGGGAAUUGAUAAAAACCAAACCAGAAGAUCGAAUCGGAUGGUUUCACAAAAUAGCAAAACGAUACAAAGAUGGAAUUUUUAUAACAUGGAUUGGUUUUGAUGCAACGAUUCAUAUCAAUACACCAGAGAAUGCUGAGAUAAUUCUCCGGAGUACAAAACACAUCGACAAAGGUUUGGCCUACAAUUACUUAGUGCCAUGGUUGGGAAAGGGGUUAUUAACAUCAUCAGGAGAGAAAUGGUUUCACGAUCGAAAACUGAUAACUCCAACGUUUCACUUUGGUAUUCUGGAGGAUUUCGCGGAAGUUAUGGUUGAAAAAUCGGCGAUACUCAAUCAGAGGUUGAAAGAGCAAGUACAAUUGCACGGUAACGAGCCCUUUGAUAUAUUCCGCAUGAUGGGAAAAUGUGCGCUGGACAUUAUCUGCGAAACUGCGAUGGGAGUGAACGUUGAUGCUCAGGGCCAAAUUGAGAAUGAAUACAAUCAAGCUGUUGAGACUAUUUCAACGUACGCAUUAAACCGCGUAUUUCGCCCUUGGUUGAAACCAGAUUGGAUUUACUAUAUGACGGAGAAGGGAAAGAAAUUCAAGGCUGCCAUCGAAACAACUCACAAAAGAUGCACACAUGUGAUAGAGCAAAAGAAGUCCGAGAGACAACAGAAUCUUAACAGUGACGAUAAUAUUCAGAAUGCUUUCGAAGGAAUUGGGGGAAAAAAGAGACGAGCAUUUUUGGAUUUACUCCUAGAGUGCAGUGAAAACACCAAGGAACCUUUGACUAUCGAACAAAUCCAAGAGCAAGUCAACACUUUUAUGUUCGCGGGCCAUGAUACAACUGGUGCUCUCAUGAGUUGGGCUCUGUUCAGUAUUGGGAAUGACGAGACAGUGCAGAAUAAUAUUCAUCGAGAGCUUGACGAAGUGUUUGAAGAGACGAAUGAACCAGUGACCACGAAACAAGUACCUCAUUUGAAAUAUUUGGACAGAGUUAUAAAGGAAGUUCUGAGACUAUAUCCAAGUGCUCCUUCAAUCAGUCGAGGCAUUUCCAAAGACUUAGAAAUCGGAUCAUACACUGUUCCUGGUGGAUGUACGUUGGCAGUACAGAUUUAUCAACUUCAUCGAGACCCAAGGCACUGGCCAAAUCCCACCCACUUUGAUCCUGAUCGAUUUUUACCGGACCGCGCAAAAGAUCGACAUCCUUACAGUUACAUACCAUUCAGUGGUGGCCUACGAAAUUGUAUCGGUCAGAAAUUUGCGGUGUUGGAGGCGAAAAUACUAUUAACUGAAAUACUCCGAAAAUGGAAAGUCAAGAGUCUCCAGAAUCACGAAAACAUCAAAUAUCGUAGUGCAAUUAUACUGCGACCACAUGAAGGCAUUUUUAUGAACUUCUACCCCCGACAUUAAUUGUCUAUUGAACUCUUAUUUCAAUGCAUUUCAUUCACUAAUUGUUCUGACAAUGUAUUUACAGUGGGUGCUAAUUUGAAAACACAUGUACCCGAUGUAUGAAGUAAAUAUUUUGAACUUUUUGA